CGCGACGUUCGUUCACCGGUAGGUUCGGCCCGGUCUCCUUCGCGACGCACACUUCGUCGCGCAGUCGCGCACAUCCGACGCGUCCUUCGCGUCGGCACCGUCCCUCUCGCGCAUCGCGAGGAGGACAGCGCGGGACGCCGGGGAGGACGAGGAAGCUGACUCAUCAUGGGGGAGAUCGAGGAGCUUCGAGACGAUGGGGUCGAGUCGCCCUCGGAGCCCGCGUUCCGGAUGCACAGGGUGUCCUCGCUGGACAGCCUGGCGGGCCUGGCGAUCAAGUACGGCGUCACCAUAAUCGACAUCCAGCGCGCGAACGGCGGGGCGCUCACCGACCAGACCAUGUUCGCGCGUAGUACCGUGCGGAUCCCCCGCGCGCACCUCGGUCCGGGCGCGCCCUUACCCGGCGGGGGAGGCGCGACGGGGCCGAUGGAACCGUCGCCGGCGCAACGAGCGGCGAUGACACCCGCGCUCGCCGCUCUCAGGGACCAUUACGGCACGAACCCGAAGUCGGAGCUCGGAUCGGAGGGACGCGCGGGCGGCGACGGGGACGCCGCGCGAAGGGCCUUCGGGUCAUCGUCGUCGAGGAAGACGCUCUCGCGCGCGUCGAGCUCGAGCGGCGGCGAGAUCGCCAUGACGGACAGACCGUCGAGCGGACGCGCGAACAGCUCGGCUGGCCCGAGCGUCGCGGACAACGAGGAGCGCAUGCGGGCGCUGGGGCUCGGCGGGAGCGGGUUUCAGCACGGCAGGAGUAAGCCGCUGAUGUCGCCGCCGGCAAAGGCCAAGGCGUCUCAGUCGGGACCCGCGUCGUCGUCGUCGGGGUCGGGGUCGGUGAUGGGUUUCUUCGAUAAGAUGAAGAGGCUGGCGAACACGCCCGCGAUGGCGAGCUCCGCGGCGUCGGCGGGCGUGGGGAUGAAGGCGGCCGCGGCGGUGGCCUCGCAGAGGAUAGACACGGGGCUGAGGGAGAUCGGCGGGCCGGGGCUUCGGAAAUCGUCCAGCCUUCCGGCGGGAAGGAAAGGCAAGGGCGACUAA